AUGACAAGGAUGGGGAAGGUGAUGGAGAUAUCAAGUCUUGUGCACCUCCCUUGUUUCCUGGACUGGGAGCAUUGGACACUACAGGUGCAGGUGAGGGUGCUGGAGAGUGAACUGGAGAAGCAGGAUAUGGAGAAAUUGUUGGCUCUGGAGAUGGAGCGGGAGAAGGAUGAGGUUCAUCGAAUUAGAGGAGUUUUAACAUCGUGGGAACUUCCUCUAACUGAUUUCUUUGGACCUUAUGAGCUUCUCAACUUCACUCUGCUGGGACCUUAUUCAAAUAUGAUCAUUGACCCACGAAGGAUGGGCAUUAGGAAGGGAAUUUUGGCAGCUAUUAUAACAGGGGCAGUUGCAUCAUUUGUCAUUCUUUCUGCAACUGUCAUGCUUCUGAUCACAAGAUGCUUGAGACACCGGGACAGACCACCUUCUAGGAGACAUUCAUCCUCGAAGAUUACAAUGAAAAUUGAUGGCGUAAAGGAGUUCACUUUCAAAGAAAUGACACUAGCUACCAGGAAUUUUGAUAGUUCAACUCAACUUGGACGAGGAGAAGAAGGAUCCUUGCAGGGUGAAAAAGAAUUCUUGACCGAGAUAGAACUGUUAUCGAGAUUACAUCACCGAAAUUUGGUCUCUUUGGUGGGAUAUUGUGAUGAAGAAGGGGAGCAGAUGCUGGUUUAUGAGUUCAUGCCCAAUGGUACCUUAAGGGACUGGCUUUGUGUUAAGGCCAAGGGAAGCCUGAGCUUUGGUAUGAGGUUACAGAUUGCAUUGGGUUCAGCUAAAGGCAUUCUUUAUCUCCAUAAUGAGGCAAAUCCUCCCAUAUUCCACCGAGACAUUAAAGCCACCAACAUACUUCUGGACUCCAACCUUAUGGCUAAAGUAGCCGAUUUCGGACUCUCACGGCUUGCUCCUCUACAGGAUGAUGAAGGGACCGGACCUUCAUAUGUAUCUACAGCUGUGAGAGGAACACCGGGUUACCUGGAUCCAGAGUACUUUUUGACAAGUAAGUUGACAGACAAAAGCGAUGUCUAUAGCCUUGGGAUUGUGUUUCUGGAGCUCUUGACUGGGUGUGCUGCCAAUAUCACAUGGCAAAAACAUUACAGCAGAAUGGGAUCCUAUCCGUCGGAAUGUAUAGAGAGGUUCCUAGCUUUGGCCCUUAGAUGUUGUUAUGAGAAGCAAGAUAAGCGGCCAGCAAUGCUGGAAGUGGUGAGGGAGCUUGAAAACAUAAUCAAAAUCAUGCCGGCAGCUGACACCAUAUUUUCACCAUCUGCUGCCCCAUACAGUGACCAAUCACCAACCUCAUCAUCCUACUUGACUAGAGACACAUCCUAUGUGUCCUCAGUGUUAUAG